AUGGCACAAAGCUAUUCAACGUGCGCCUUCCACUUUUGCUUUAAGAAUAUCGAGAUUCAGCAAUUGAAAGUGCUGCUGGAGAUUCCCGACCCGAUAAUCACGCCCCAGCGCUACAACGCAAGCGCCGAGGAGCUGCUCGCGCUCAUCGUACUCCUCGUCUGUUCCGGACGCACGAAGGGCAGCAAAGAUGCGUUGGACAUGCUUUGUGACCUCUGUCCAGCGCUUCUUGACCUCGUCAUGGGGCGCUUCAAACGGCCGAACAUGAAUGACUUCCUUAGGAAGCUCGACGUCGGUGCACCCCUUAAAGCGGAAGCUGUCUUAUGCUUCAGCACGGACUCGGACUCUUUGUCCUCUACCACAUCGUUGUCGUCCAUACUGUACUCCAAGAAUGUCACAAUGAAGUGUCAGUUGUGA